AUGGCCUCUGAGCCACUCCUCCCUUCAAAGGAGGCACCCAGUCUACCUCCUACGUCCAAGACCAAUAUGGCCGCACUCAACAAGAACGCUUUGAUCACUCCUCCCGACCCACCAGAGCACGACUUCGGCGCCAUUGCUGCUCACGAAGACAAGAGCGACGACCCUUUACUGGCGGAGGUCCUCCCACCAACUCCCGGUCUGUCGCGAAGGUCUUCUCAAUCCUCUUCGUCCCCUGCUCAGGCUCUCUUCCCUUCCGAACCGGUAUCGAGCCAACAAGCGACUGCUCAACCCAGCAACUACUCGGCCAGCGAUUAUGCUCGGGCAAUUCCCUUGCACACCUUUGAAUACGACCAAAUUCUUCGGAUGGGCGCGAGACGAUUCCUUGCCACGAUCAAACCUGAUUAUAUCUUCUUUCUCAAGGACAAACCUUUGCCGGAGGAGCAUCGCUUGGUUCCUGCACACGAGCUCGCCAGAAGACUGGAGCGCUUUUACGAGUACCGCAUUGAUUGGGCCCAGCCUGCACUCGGCGCUGACUCAGUACGGUACUACACAUCCUGCUCGCCAGGACCAUGGAAUGGCCUCAAGCGAUUGGCGUUCGCAGGGCUUCUGAAAAAAUAUGCGCCCGAUGACAUGGACUCGGUCUACUUGGACAUCAGGAAAUAUCUCUAUAACGGUAAACCAUCUCCUAUGGAGCACAUCCCCGAAGGCUGUUCUCUCUCACGCGCCCCCAGCUAUUCUGUUCAGGCGAAGGCUGGCCGCAAAUCAAAACCAGCGAAAACCAGCGAGCGACCACCUAGUCGCCCCGUUGCAGUUGCUUUGUCGCAAGAAAAGAAGGCAGACAUGCCAGAUGCUGCGUCGAAUCUCGGCCAAGAACCGCUGAGUGGGACCAAAGGGGUGAAGCGCAGAUAUGUGGAAGAACAAACAGAAGAAGAGCCACGCACUGUCGAUGUAAAGGGGGUCUCAGAUACGGAGCCAGACGAGCUCGAGUCCGUCAAGAGCGUUAAGAAGCAGAAGGUUGUGUCGGACAGCAAACCCAAGCCGACUCGGCGGGUCUCGGAUAAUAAGUCUAAAAAUAUCAGAAACCGCAAUUCGGACAAGCCCAGGGGUCCCAGCGAAUCGCUUUGCCGGAACAUCAAAGACACUCUCAACAAACGCUCCCAGGACAAGAACAAUUUUGAGGCCUUCAAAGACGCAAUUAUGCCGGAGAAUGGACCGGAAAUUUCUCUGUCUCCUUGCGACUUCACGGCAGAGGAACUGAAGGACAUUCGAGAACUUCAAGACAUUGGCGACUGCACGGGUCUUCAUCCAGAAGAGAUCAAGCUCUGCAAACUGUUGGCGAUGACCUCCGACUUGUACAAGUGCCAAAAGGCCCGGUGCUUCAUUGGCCUUGCAUUGUUCGUGGAAUACAAUCUCGAGAAGCUUGGUGAGAACAACCCCAAGUUCAAGGCCUUAAACGUCGGCAAGGCUCAGUUUCAACUGUUUGGCAAUGUUGAUGUCAACAAGCUGAGCAAAGUGUACACGACCUUCAAGAAAUGGGGCUGGGUUGAGGAUAUGACGCAACAGAGCAUUCCACAGUCUUACCUUGAUCGAUUUCCGCAAACUCACCGUCUGGCGCUCAGAAACGAAGUUGCUGAAUACGAGGCAACCAUCCCUGCCGAGAAGCGCAUCUUCAGAGUCUGA